AUGACAACGAUAGAGCAACACGAGCUAAAAUACCUGCCGCUAAGCACGCAAGAUGAUGGCAAGCUCAAACUGAGCACUGCAGGAUCCAUGUCCAGGUGGAAAACAAAAGAGUUUUGUUUUUACUAUUUAGUCAUCUUGAUGGCGGUUCCCUAUAUGUUCUACGUAACCUAUGGCAUCAGCCAACCGAAUCACCCAAAUUACUAUUUAUACAGCAAUUUACUUUCAGAUGGCUGGAUUCUUAAUAGAAAAGUAGAUAACAGCGACGUUCAGUACGCCCAGUUUCGAAACCACCUCCCUCUGCUGUUUGCUUUAGCUUGUGGAUGGCUUGCAUUGAGCCGUGUCUACCGAAAACUGAAUCGCUCUGGCCAGAAUCAGUCCUAUUUUUACCUGAUCAGCGCCAGUAUCGUCAUUGUCGCUCUGCAUGGUACCAGUAUCAUCAAGAUUCUGUUGAUUACAAGCAUCAGCUUCACCAUUGGCCGUCUAUUUGGUGCAACAAAGUGGAACCCAAUCAUGACUUGGGUGUUUAAUUUAGCAAUUCUAUUCUUGAACGAAUUUUACCACGGUUACAAAUUCGAUGCCAUUGGUUUGCCCAUGCUGGAUCAAUACAAUGGCAUGCUGCCAAGAUGGCACGUAUUCUUUAAUUUUAGUAUGCUUCGUAUGGUGUCGUACAAUAUGGACUACUACUGGCACCUUAAGCAGCCAGCACCAGAACAUCUCGUUGUUACUGCAGAACCAACCGAAAAAGAGCGCAUCCAGACACCUUGCCAGCAUGUCGACUACAGUUACUUUAACUACCUCGUCUACAUUUCGUACACGCCACUUUAUAUCUGCGGGCCAAUUAUCACGUUUAAUGAUUUCAUCUCACAAUUACGCACUCCUUGCUCCAAACUCACGCCCAGAUAUGUCAUGCUGUACGCAUUCAGGCUUGCUGCAGUACUACUGACUAUGGAGAUCACACUUCACUGCCUGUAUGUGGUAGCUAUAUCCAAGGCACAAGCUUGGAACAAUGACACUCCCUUACAGCUCAGCAUGAUAGGCUACUUCAAUUUGCUAAUCAUUUGGAUGAAGCUGCUCAUUCCCUGGCGUUUUUUUCGAUUGUGGGCAUUGGCAGAUGGCGUCUGGCCAGAGGAAAAUAUGAUUCGAUGCAUGAGCAACAAUUUCUCGGCACAGAGAUUCUGGAAAAGCUGGCAUCGAAGCUUCAAUCGCUGGACAAUUCGAUACAUCUACAUUCCUUUGGGUGGAUCCAAGUAUUUUGCCUUUAGUAUGUGGGUUGUGUUCACAUUUGUGGCCAUCUGGCACGAUAUAGAGCUCAAGUUGCUGGCAUGGGGAUGGUUGAUCUGUUUGUUCCUGCUACCAGAAAUCAUUGGAUCGAGGUUAUUCACAUUCAAAAAGUUUGGGCACACCUGGUAUUAUCGAAUUGUCUGUGGAUUAGGUGCUGUUUGCAAUAUAUUUAUGAUGAUGGUAGCUAAUUUGGUUGGGUUUUGCCUUGGUCUGGACGGUAUGAAGGCCAUGUUGGUUCAGAUAGUCAGCUCUACAGAUGGCUUGGUAUUCUUAUCGACUGUCGUAUGCUGCUUGUACGUUGCAGUACAGGUUAUGUUUGAAAUCAGAGAAUCCGAGAAACGAAGAGGAGAUCCCAAGUGGACCAUGUAG